ACAAACUUUGCUUGCUAAUCUUUCAAGCUGCACUUCUGUCAUCUCCACCACAAGGAACAAGAUUUUUACUCGCACCAGUGACAUCUUGACCAAAGAGGAAACCAACCAUGUCCAGCAUCAUGAAAGUAUUCCUUCUCCUGGCUGUCAUGGUCUGCAUUUCUAAAGCCCAGCACCGUCAAACGGGACAGCAGUGUCUGUGUCAGCGUGUCAGAAACAAAAUCACCUCAAUGUCUGACAUAAAGGACGUCCAGAUCUACCAAGCAACCAUCUUCUGUGACAAAGUGGAGAUUGUUGUCACCAACAACAACGGCCUUCGCUAUUGCCUGAACCCCAAGUUGAAGGCAGUGCAAAAACUCAUGGCUUCUAUCAUGAAACCAAAAACCUCCACCACAGUCGGGCCAACUGAGCCCUCUUCCACCACAGACUUUGGUUCCCCAGAUCAAUAAGAAGCUUAGAUGACCUCUGACCCCCAAACAAAAGCACCUUGAGCGAAUGUUGAUGUGAAAUGAAUAAAAUGUUUUAUCUAUUUAUCUUCUAUUUAUACUAUA